AUGGCGAAGGCUACUACGAUAAAAGAAGCUCUAAAAAGGUUUGAGGAUAGGACCAAAACGCCCAUUAAUGAGGCGAAGGAGAUUGAUAUCUGCUUUCAAUGGCCCCCAAUUGAACGCAUGGAGCAAUGCCUCUCUACCCUAACCGCUUGCGAAAAAUUAAGCAUCAGCACAAACAUGAUCGACAAAAUUUACGGCAUCAGUGGCAUGAAAAACUUACGAAUUCUCAGUCUUGGGCGCAAUUACAUCAAACAAAUCUCGGGUCUCGAAGGCGUUUCCGAAACUUUGGAAGAAUUAUGGCUCAGCUACAACUUGAUCGAGAAAUUAAAAGGCAUCAAUUGCUUGAAAAAGCUCCGAGUUUUGUACUUGUCGAACAAUUUAAUCAAAGAUUGGGUCGAAUUCAAUCGUUUACAGGACCUAACAACGCUCGAAGAGCUACUUUUUGUCGGAAAUCCGUUGGUUGAAGCCCUGGAAGAAACCGUAUGGAAGUCAGAAGCCGCCAAAAGAUUAAUUAAUUUGAAAAAAUUGGAUGGCGAGACGGUUGUACGAGAAGAACCUGAAGCUGCACCCAUCACAGUUACUUAAAAUUUUCUCGAAAUUUUGGAAGAAAAUUGAAAUUUUUAUCAAUUUUAUUGUUUAACUUUGAACAGUACACAUUUAAUAUAUUCCACGAGCGUCUCAAAA